AUGAGACCCAACAAAACCCAUUUUCUCCUUUCCCUUCUAAUCGUCUUCUUCCUCAACUACGACAAAUUCAUUCUGCAUUGCCGAUCACAGUUUCAACCUCUAAACCCGCCAAUCACCCAAGGGUUCACUUGCAACCCGAACCAAACCCAAACCACCUACUCAUGUCAAGCCUACGCUCUGUACCGAGCUUCCCCUCCCAAUUUCCUCGACUUGGCCUCCAUCGGCGACCUUUUCUCCGUCAGCCGACUCAUGGUUUCCAAACCCAGCAACAUCUCCGACCCAUCCGCAUCGUUAUUCCCCAACCAGCCGCUCUUCGUCCCCUUAACCUGUUCCUGCAACACAGUCAAUUCCAGCUUCAGCAUCUCUUCCGCUAACCUCAAUUACACUAUCAAGUCAGGGGACACAUUCUGGUACGUCUCCACUUACCACUACCAGAACCUCACCACUUACCCGUCGGUCCAAGUCGUAAACCCUAAUCUCGUCCCGGAGAAGCUCGCGAUUGGGGAUAACGCGAUUUUCCCCAUCUUCUGCAAAUGCCCUGACCGAACCCAGAAAGCCAACGGGACAAAUUUCAUGGUUUCUUAUGUGUUUCAGCCUUCGGAUAGUCUUUCCGCCGUCGCCGCAACUUUUGGGGUUCCCCUGAAAUCGAUCGUUGAUGUGAACGGGAACGAUGUGAAGCCUCUUGAUACGAUUUUCAUUCCUGUGAAUCGGCUUCCGAUUCUGGGACAGGGGAAUACCAACUCUUCUUCUUCUCCACCCGCUCUUCUUCCUCCUGCUGCUGCGACGAGGGAGAGGAAGGGUUUGAUUAGAGGACUGGAGAUUGCGAUCGGGAUUUGUGGGGGUUUGCUGGUUUUGCUGAUUGGGGUUUUGGUUUAUAGGGAGAGGGUAUUCGGGAAAUGGCGUUAUAAACAGGGGAAACAGAGUCGGGAAAUCCAUGCGGAAGGAGAGAAAGGGUUGAAGGAAAUGGAGGCAGGGUUAAUGGCGGAUGUGUCGGAGUGUUUGGAUAAAUAUAGGGUGUUUAAGGUUGACGAGUUGAGAGAUGCUACUGAUGGGUUCAGUGACGAUUGCUUGAUUGAAGGCUCUGUUUACAAAGGCGACAUUGAUGGAGUUCAGUACGCCAUCAAGAAGAUGAAGUGGAAUGCUCGCGAAGAGCUCAAGAUCUUACAAAAGGUCAACCAUAGCAAUCUAGUCCAGUUAGAAGGAUUCUGCAUCGACCCUGAAGAAGCCAACUGCUACCUGGUCUACGAAUACAUCCAAAACGGCUCGCUCCACUCCUGGCUCCACGACAACGACAAGACGAACCCUGCAAAAAAGCUAAGCUGGAAAACGAGGAUCCGAAUUGCCAUCGACGUGGCCAACGGCCUCCAGUACAUCCACGAGCACACCAGGCCGAGAGUCGUGCACAAGGACAUCAAGACCGCCAACAUCCUCCUCGAUGCCAACAUGCGGGCCAAGAUCGCCAACUUUGGUUUAGCCAAAUCCGGUCGCAACGCCAUAACGAUGCACAUCGUGGGGACCCAGGGCUACAUCUCCCCCGAGUACAUGGCUGAUGGGGUGGUGUCGACGAAGAUGGACGUGUUCGCCUUCGGGGUCGUCUUGCUGGAGCUCGUCUCUGGGAAGGAAGCGACGGACGAGGAAGGAAAUUCGUUAUGGGAGGAUCUGGGGAGUGUGAGGAGGUGGGUCGAAGAUGACGGUGUCGAUGAGGACAGUGAGGAGGGGGAGGGGUAUGGUGGUUCGAUGGAGAGUAGUGUUGUGAAUGUGUUGACCGUGGCGGCAGCUUGUGUGAAUGUGGAUCCUCUAAAGAGGCCGAGCAUGAUGGACGUGGUUUAUGCUUUGUGUCGGAGUGAUGAUGAGCUGUUUUUUGAUAUUUCAGAUGAUGAUGGGUUGACUAACCCUAAAGUGACUGUUAGGUAG